AAUUAUUUCUUAAGUACAUUGUUAACUAAUCUUUUGAUUAAUCGAUUAUAGAAGCCUCUAUUUUUUUUAUAUUUAUUUACAGAUUUACUACUAUAUUGACUCACUGACCUUGAUUUACUUCGACUGACUUUCGAAUUUCAAAGUUUCACCAACGAAGAAAGAUUCUAGUUUCUCCAGUACAGUGAUUCAGUAACUAGGAAAGGAGAAAGAUGCGGAUUUAUAAUGCAGUAUGCUCCAGCAAGGCUCGUCUGGAUGGCAAAAUUACCGUUAUAACAGGUGCAAAUACCGGAAUCGGCAAGGAGACUGCUAGAGAUUUUUACAGUAGAGGCGCGAGAGUGAUUUUAGCCUGUCGGAAUGUGGAAAAAGCAAAAGUCGCAGUUAAAGAUAUAAAACAUAAUCCAUUUUCGAGCAAAAGGAAACAAGCUGAAGGCAAGCUAGGCGACCUUGCGGUCUAUCCGUUGGAUCUCUGCAGCUUUAAAAGCAUACGGGAAUGCGCUCGGAUGUUAUUGAAGCAGGAACCGGCCAUUCAUAUAUUAGUAAAUAAUGCCGGUAUAAUGUUUGCUCCAUAUCAGCUAACUGAUGAUGGAUUCGAGAUACAGCUGCAAUCGAAUUAUCUUGGACAUUUCCUCCUAACGUUGUUAUUAUUGCCGAAAAUGCAAUCGUCCGCUCCUGGCUGCAGGAUAGUCAACGUGUCAUCACUGGCUCAUAUAUUUGGCCGAAUACAUUUCAAUGAUAUAAAUCUGGAAAAAUCGUGGUGGUACCUUCGUUCUUAUAUCGCAUAUUAUCAAAGCAAACUGGCGAAUAUAUUGUUUACGAAAAAACUUGCACAGCUAAUGAAAGAGACGAAUAGCGGUAUAAAUGUAUAUUCUUUACAUCCCGGUGUGGUAAGAACCGAAUUGAGUCGAAAUUAUGAUAACAUAUUUCCGGGUGGGAAGCUUUUUUUCCGAUAUGUUAUGCGGCCAUUCAUAAAAAAUUCGGAACAAGGAGCUCAAACAACGAUAUACUGUGCGGUUGACGAAAAGGCGGCUAAUGAGACUGGUCUCUAUUAUACAGAAUGCUGCGUUACCAGACCAUCGGAGGCUGCGAGAAAUGAUCAAAUAGCUGAAGAUUUAUGGAAUUACACUUGCUGGCUUCUGCGUUUGGAACCUAAUAAAGACUUUUCUAAAUUUUUGAAAACUGUCUCGCGUCAACUUAAUAAGUAAUAUUUCUUUAACUGGAUUUUAUCUUAUACUUUUCAUGAAUUUACAUACUUUGAAUAAUAUAUAGUAUACGUAAUGAUAACACACGUUUUCCAUUUUCAAAAAGAAAAGUAUUUUUAUAGCUACUUUACAUAUGUACAUAAAAUAUCAAAAGUUGUGACAUUUAUUUUAAUUACUUUAUCACAGAUAUCAAAUAUUGUAAUAGGAUCACAAUAUGUGUUAAGGUAAAAAAUAUGGAUACGUAUAUAAUCUUGUAUCUUAUUAGUGUUAGAUUAAUUAUUCUUUAAUGGAAGCGCUUAGUAUAGUCUAUUUGACAGUAUAGUAUAUUCGAUAAUAUAACAACGGUUAAAAGAAAACAAAUUUAUUUACAAGAGAUUUACAUUUUUAAACUUUAAAUUAUUUUAUUAUACAAUAACUUUUAAUACAGAUUUACGUUACUGAUUAAAAAUUGUUAUAGCGAAAAGUAAAAUGUAAUUAACGUUAGAAUUUAUGUAUUAUGUAUUAAUAAAGGUUAACAUUUAAUAAAUGUUAACAUUUUAAGAUAGUUACAAUUAUAGACAAGACUUAAUAAAAUUGGUAGUAUGACUGUCAA